UAGCAAGUAGCGAAAUAAAAAGUUUGGGAGCGCGGGGCUCUCAAAAGUAGCCCAAUUCGCUAUUUGUAGCCCAAUCUGGAAACACUGGUUGGUACCCGAGGGGGGGUAUGUCUUCGUACAGGAGACGAUUCGAUGUAGUUCGUUUUUUUGUUGUUAAAACCAUAUGUAUAGUUAGGUUAGGUUAGGUUGGUUUGGGUUAAGUUAGAUUAGGUUGGUUUGGAGUUAAUUUAGUUUAGGUUGGGUUAAGUUAGAUAGUUUUCAAAAUCCGUUGGCGUAAGGUUUUGUGUACGAAAUGACUUAUAUCCGUGGUUGAGUACUCUGAAAUUACCUGUAUUCACCUAAUUGUGCUUGCGGGGGUUGUGCUCUGCUCUUCCAGCUCGCCUCUCAACUGUAAUUACCUGCGUAAUUACCUAAGUGUUGAAACUAUACUAAUCUGUUAGUAUAUUACGUUAGGAAAGUCAUUUUUGUUAUAUUAAAUGUUAGAAGUUUUCAUUCUCUGGUUUUUACCCACAGGUCUCAUACCAUAGAGGGCACAAGCAGUUUGUUCUGUUAGUUUUGUCUUAUUAAUGUGCGAUUGGCACAACACCAGCCAGAAUAGCCACUGCUCUAUUACAGAAUCUCGUCACAAUAUAGAUCUAUAGAUAGACACAGGCUUCCUGUCCCAGACAAGACAAAAUGUGUUGAUAUUACAUUUUGUGACCCCGUUGACAUUUUGUCAAUCACAGGUGAGUCGUCAUCGUUUGUUGACGUCCGUGUGUGUACUCGUGGCCUGACAGCUGAUGGUUAUAUAACCACGAUCGUCGUCGCCCCUAAAUCAACACAACAACAUGGUUAUAUAAAUAAAUAAAUAUUUAUUCAGGUGUUGGUUGCUGUGUCCUGGGCUGACAGGUGUUGUGUACUGCACACGUGGCCUGACACCUGGGUGCAGGUGUGCUGGCACUCCCUCACACUGCUCUGCUUCACUCGGUGUCUCCCGUAUAACUUGCUGUGAACGACAUUAAUGAUGGCAUUAUCAGAUUACAAGGAUCUGGUUGCAACAGUUGCAACUAUAGUUACUAUUAUCCAAUUUUUAAGUGGAACUGACAUCUGUCGCAAGAUCAUCAAACAAUCAUCAACUGGAAAUAUUUCGGGAUUCCCCUUCAUUGGAGGAGUUUUUUGUGCGAGCACGUGGCUUACAUACGGUCUGCUGCUGGGUGAUGUAUCGAUCAGUGUGACUAAUACAGUGGGCCUUCUCCUGCAGGCAAGUUACCUGUUCAUCUAUGUGAAAUACUGUAUUCUUCCGGUGUCGUGGCAUGCCACAAGGAGGCAAAUGUUGCUGUUCUUCUCUGCUAUUUUCAUUGUACAGUAUUAUGUGUUCUUCUCAGGCACAAAUGCAGAGGUGAUCAAGUACCAUGUUGGCUUGAUGUGUUGUGCUGCAAGUAUCAUCUUUUGUGCAUCUCCUCUGAUAUCACUGAAGGAUGUCUUCCACACCCAGAGCACAGAGAUGCUGCCAUUCCCACUCAUCUUUGCAACCUUCGUCAUGGCCGGACUUUGGUGGCUAUACGGAAUUAUUAUUCAAAAUAACUUUGUCCAGUAUCCAAAUAUGAUUGGGUGUAUCCUUGCAGGUUUACAACUGCUUCUCUUCAUUGUGUAUCCAAGCAAGGGAAAAGGUGAGCUCAUGGGAGAAGCAAGAAUAAUGUAAGAUUCCCAGCAUAUUCUGACAUCUGGCCAAAGGUCAGGCAACCUCCCUGGGAGAUGUUUUUGUGUCUUGUAGCUCAAUGCUCACACUUUCUCAGACAUGGCAAUAUCCAGCAUCAACUUGUCAGUUUGCUAUAACACCAUGACCAAGAGUGAAGUAUGUGUAGUGAUCUAUGAUAUUAAGAAGAAAAAACAGAUUUUGGUAAAAUACCAAGUAUGCUUCCUGGUACUUUAAAAAAUGAAUUUACUGUACUGGCACUCCAUACAAUUAAUAUUUUGCAUUUAUAAUUUAAGCUUGCACAGUUUUAUUUAUUUAUAUAAUUAAUAACAUAUGUAUACAUAUACAAACACAUAUAUCUUGUGCCCGUAAUUAGAAAAACAUAGUCGUCUAUCGAAUCUGUGAUCUGAACCUAAAUAGUAAAUAUAUAGUAGGCAUACAUCAGUCAUAAGAGACUAUGGCGUUGCGUUCUGGUUGUCGAUCUGGAGUGGCCUCUCCAGGGUGCAAAGCCAGGUUAGGUUCCAUUUAGGUACCCAGGUUAGGUUAGGUUAGGUAUAAAUCCAUUAAAGUAAUUUGUGGUCAACAUUCAAAGAUAUGCGGGUUUGUAUGACAAUGACAUUAGUUUUUAAAAGUUCACGAGGUCUCACUAGUGUUUUUGGACACCUCUAGUAUAUUUAUUGUAUUUAAAUACUUAUUUUAUUUUGUUAUACAAAAUAAGGCAUUGAAGAUAAAAUGCUUAUUUCUGAUAAAAUCCCACUUUCCUCCUGGGACAUUGCACACCCCAGCCUGGGUCAGCGCAACUUCCCAUCACACAAGGCACCCGAGGUCUUUUUUAAAUGCCCCCACUGGAUCAAAGUAGGAGAUACACUGAAAAAUGUUCAAUCUAGCCCUGAAUGAAAUUACUCUAUGCAAUACUCAAAAUCAUAAAGACUGCCAAACACUGCUCUGCUGCUGCUAACGACCACUAACUAGAUGGCCACCACCCAACACCAGGUAGCAGCACUGGUAGCAUAAACAGUCACCUAGCUAUUGGAGCUAACUUUGUGUCAUUCACUUCAAGGGAGGGAGGGUAUGGGAGAAACCAAGUGAAUAGCUCAGGAGGAUUUCCUCUACACAAUGGACUCUUUUUAAACAUAGGCUACUUAGUUGCUCCCUUAUGCAAGCAUCACCACAAGCACACAAAAAGACAAGAAAUGUAAACAGUAAGACAGAAAAGUUACUUGAGCCACAGAAGGGCUUGGAAGAUAUAGUGAUGAGAACCACAACAUUGGAGAUAUAUAGGGCCUGACCCUAUGAUGACGAGGAGAAACGUCUCGACACAACACAUACUGAAGAUAAAAACCUAUAGUGUAGGGGUACAUGAAACUAGGCAAAACUAUGGUUUGUCCUCCAAAAUCUCAUGGUACAGUUAUCAGGAUAUACAGGGAUGGAGAAGAAUGCCUUGAGCAUAGCAGUGUCACAUAAAUAGAGCCUUUGUUGACUGAGCUUCACAUAUUCCAUGUUACUCAAGACAGGCAGACAAGCCUUAGAAUAAGAACGCAUGGUCUGCAGUUUGAGGAAGAGCACAGCAAAUGCUGAAAUGCCUGAAGAUGCCAGCAGAGAGCAGGCACAUGAUGUGAUGGACAGAUGGCUACACUAACCAAGCCUUACACAAGAAUAUAGCCCCACCAGAAGGAAGGAAUCUCAUUUUUUGCCAGGAAGAAGUGGGUUAAGGUGAAGGCAGACCAUGAUGCCCAUCAAUAGCCAAUAGGCCAACAGUAACAAUCUCUAAAGUCAGAGCCUCGAAUGACUAACACCUCAAAGUGAAAAAGACAUGAAAACUUAACAGAGUAAUAAGGUGGGGUUCCAAGAGUGUAUUAUAAGGAUGGAGGUGGAAGAAAUGCACACUCUAGUUUAAGAAACUGUAGAGAUGAGAUAUCGAGACAAUACCUAGUAGAAGCAGUUGCAGUGCCAUAUUAUAAGAUGCAAUGAAGUUAAUCUUAAGACAUCACUGAGAAAAGCCAGGUGAGGAAUAAAACUAUAGGAAUCUCAAAGGUGGUGGAAGAUCAUCAGAGAGACUGGAAGAGUUCACAAACCUCUGACUGCCAAUUUUCUGUAUGACAACUGGACCCGUGACUGGAGACAGGCAGGGACAAUGAAUGCAAAAGGCCAUAACGAAGGCUGAACCACUCACAUAGUGGUUCAGUGGAGCUAACAGAAGCACACGACCCACAAAAGUACCCAACUUUGCCAUCUAGGGCUCUUAUGUCGAAUGGAGGUUUGAAUUCUUUGCCGAAUCUGGUCUUAAUGUUUUGGAUGGCGGUGAUUUUUAGAACUUCCUUCAGAAUGGAUUUUGGAUCAUACCUCUUAAACUACUGUACCUGUAGUAAUUUUAGCUAGUUUAAAAAAUAAUAAUAAAUAAAUAUGAAACCAAUGUAACAGUUUGGUUUGAUAUGUGGGACAGUCAUUUAUUUUCAAUAAGAAAACAUGGCCAGUUUUCAUCUGGGUUUCACUCAGUAUAAUCAUAUCACCUUAAACAUUUUCCUGUAUAAAUUAAACCAUUAUUUAUUAUAGUUACCUAAAUGCUGUACAUUAUUCCAAUUGUGUGUAAUAAAAUUCUUCAUCCUUGAA